GACUUCAACGUGCUGGUGAUUUCAGUUGUAGAGUUGGCCUUUUUGGUGAGACAACAAAUUGCAGGAUGGUUUAGAACUUUAGAUAGAUUAAAGAAGGAAUGAAAUGUUAAACAAGAAAGAGAUUUUGCAGAAUAGAUCAACAUAGGUGUAGAUUCAAAAUCUUUAAAACUUGAGAUGAAGUAUAGAUGGAUUGUUUGAAUGGAUCUGAUUGUUGUUCUUUUUUAAUUGUUCUUUUUUUUUCUUUUUUCAUUUUUUGAUGGCUAGUUUGGUAGUUGAUAUUUACCUGGUUAUGGCUGUAAAGCUGGGACUGAAGCUGAAGAACUCAGAAAACAUCCUUUUUUCUGAGUGUUAUAGAGAACUACUAUCUCUUCAUCUGUUGAUCUUUGAUUCAUCUUUCAUAUCGCCUUCACAGAACUGUGAACUGAAUUCACAAUCGGACAACAAACAAGCCAGUGAGAUGGGGAUAACGAAAGGGGAAGGAGAGAAUAAAGGUCCCCUCUUAACUCUUCCUCUUCACUUCCUCCUCCACUUUCACCCUACUUUCCUUAUAAUAUGA